ACUCUACAUGGUAAAAUACUUGUGCACCCAAACACGGCCUAACUCUCUCUCGUGUCAUCGGUGUCAGAACUCUAUCUGUCGUUCUCUCUCAAAAAUUAGCUCCCACCGAAACCCUAACCAGUUUACGUUUUGAACUGGGAACCAACAAGAAUCAUCGUGGAUUGAUUUCUCAUAGCAAUAUUAAUGCGUGUUGCUCCACACUGCAACGAAGAAACAUCGAUCUUCGUUAUCAAUGAUGGAGCUCUGGAACGACGGUUUAUCGGAGCUGGAGAUUGGUAGUUCCGUUGAUUCAAUCCAGAAGUUUUUAGGUUCUCAAAGAGAACUCUUACAUAGCCAGAUCGAUCAGUUUCAGGAAAUCGUCGUCACACAAUGCAAACUCACCGGUGUCAAUCCUCUUUCUCAAGAAAUGGCUGCUGGUGCUUUGUCAAUACAAAUCGGAAAAAGACCUAGGGAUUUAUUAAAUCCAAAGGCUGUAAAUUACAUGCAAUCAGUUUUUUCUAUUAAAGAUGCAAUUAGCAAGAAAGAAUCUCGCGAGAUCAGUGCUUUAUUUGGUGUAACAGUAACGCAGGUGCGUGACUAUUUCACUAGUCAACGUUCAAGAGUGAGGAAACAAGUUCAGUUGUCGAAGGAGAGGGCAUUAAAAUCUAAUUCUUGUGCGGAAUCUCUUGAUGUGCAAAUAAACUCUGAUCCCGUGAGAUCAAUGAAUCCAGCUCCCUUAAACUCUGUUGGUGCCACCAACGUGGAAGAAGCAUCUUAUUCCGCACAGGAAGCAGCUCUUUCUGACCUAGAUGACUCAGAUAAACAAUUUGUUGAGAACAUUUUUGGUCUAAUGCAGAAAGAGGAAACAUUUUGUGGACAGGAGAAAUUGUUGGAGUGGAUAUUGACAAUACGUAAUUUUUCAGUCUUAUUGUGGUUUUUGACCGGAGGAGGUGCAAUGACUUUAGCAAAUUGGUUGAGUAAAGCCGCCGUUGAAGAGCAAACGAGUGUGCUGCUUCUUGUCUUGAAGGUUCUUUGUCAUUUGCCUUUACAUAAAGCCCAUCCUGCCCAUAUAUCAGCUUUAUUGCAGAGUGUUAAUAGACUGCGGUUCUACAGGACAUCAGACAUAUCUAACAGGGCAAGGGUUUUGUUAUCAAAGUGGAGCAAAUUGUUAACAAGGAACCAAGCCAUAAAGAAACCCAAUGGUGUUAAGCUUUCCGGUGAUGGUCGAAAAGAGAUAAUACUUUCUCAGAGCAUUGGUCAAACCAUCGGCCCUGAAUCAUGGCAUUUUGAUGUUCCUGAAGACAUUCUUGCUCUCUCAAAUGAAUUUUCAGAUGAUUUCAGGAAACCGGAAUCUCAAUCUGUGAAAUUGUUACUAUCCAGCUCAGAUGAUUAUAAUAAGAAACACCCCCUUGGUGUAUCUUCAUCUCAAUCUAGAGAGCGCAGAAAAGUGCAAUUGGUGGAACAGCCAGGAUCGGUGAGUAGAAGCCCACAAGCGGCAAGGACAGGGCCGGUAAGUCAGGGCCGUCCUAUGUCUGCUGAUGAUAUCCAGAAAGCAAAAAUGCGUGCAUUAUUUAUGCAGAGUAAGUAUGGGAAAACUGCUUCAAAAGAAAAUAAAGCCAAAAUCAAUAGUCCAAGCAAAUCUCAGACAAAGCAGGCAAGUAUUGCAGUUUGCUCUUCUAAAGUUCCAGUGCCACUCAAAAAUGAAGUAGACAAGAAACCUCUGCUGCUUCCCUCUAAAACUACUAAUAGGCCAGAAGCUCCUAAUUCUAAACUGAAAAUGGAUUUGAAGGAACCUCUCUGGGAGAAGUGCAAGAGGGUGAAAAUACCCUGGAAAACACCAGCAGAAGUAGAACUUAAAGAUACCUGGAGAGUUGGCGUUGGUGAAAAUAGCAAAGAGGUUCAUGUUCAGGAAAAUAGAAACCACAGGGACAAAGAAUCCAUUUAUAGGACAGUACAAGAGAUGCCCCCUAACCCCAAGGAGCCUUGGGAUCUCGAAAUGGACUAUGAUGACUCUUUGACACUGGAAAUUCCUAUUGAACAGCUACCGGAUGGUGAUGGUCCUGAAAUAGUAGACGAAUCCAAUCAAUUUGAAACUCAUGCUGCUGCUGUUCAAGCUGUGGCCUCCUCAUCUUCAGCCAGUAAUGCAGCCACUGCUGAACCUGAUUUAGAGUUGCUUGCCGUACUGCUAAAAAAUCCAGACUUGGUAUUUGCCUUAACUUCUGGACAAGUUAGCAACGUAUCAAAUGAGGAAACCUUGAAGCUGCUUGACAUGAUCAAGAGAGGCACUGUAAACGUGGGAUUAAGUGUAAAUGCAAAUGGCAACCCUGGUAAUAGUGCAAAAGCCCCCGAGAAGGUGGAAGUUUCUCUCCCAUCUCCAACUCCUUCAAGAGAUCCAAGCACGAGUGGAUACAGCAUAGAAGCACCAAAGAACCCAUUUACGCAGCAAAAUUUAGCACAUGAUAGAAGAACUUUCAGGAGCUCUGCUUCAAUUGCAACUACCAACUUAUCAUCUCAGAUUCCGGCAACUAGCACUACAGUAAGACAACAUCAUACAUUUGUUCCAUUUUCAAAGCAGCUCAACGGCACAACAGCAUCUCCAUAUUCACUACCUCCGGCAACUAAUAUUAUUCCCGAAAAACAACCACUUCACUCCCACUCUUCCGUGUAUGUACAAACACCAUUCUCUGAUAGAGGUUUAGCCAUGAAGAACACGAUCACUGCAGAUGUAUCUCCAGUUGGUGCACAUUCAACACAUAUAGCAAUGCGGGCUGAUGGCAUAAAUAACAUAAAACCAGCAGUACCUAAUUCUAGUAUGCAACAAGAGGGUUUGUCUAAUUCAUUCCCACAAUCCUUCACGUUGAGCUCACCAACAACAUCACGCUCAGCCGCACAACAGAUACAUGCACAUAUGAUGCCCAACCAGCCCCAUUUCAUUGAACCUUCAUAUCAUAACCCUGUCCAUCCCUAUCAACCACAAUUCGAAAAAUCAGAUCCCAUGUCAGAUUUGCAAAGAGUUAGGCAGGAUAUACCACUGAGUUAUCAUUCUCAGCAAAAUCAUAACAACUAUAACUCGUUGGUUGGGGGAUCCAUGCAAUCUGGUUCGUGGGAUAGAAACAAUCAUGAAAGGGAGGGAUUUGAAUCAUGGAGUCCACACGAUAGUCCAACUAGGAAUCCUAGGUAUGUUCAAGGUAGGAAUCCCCCAGAGUCCAGAAUGAAUAAUGUAAGAAAUCAUAGACCUGAAUGGUCAAGGCAGCGAGGUUCUUCUGGACACUGGGACCGUGGUAGGAAUGAGAAUAGAAAAUGGCAUGAUCAGAGACGGUGAUUUUUGUGUUCAAAUUUAUUUGGUCUUUGGGUUUCAAUCAGACCCUUAACUUGCUGGAUAUAUAAAGUUGGACUCUGAUAACAAUAAUUUUUAUUUUUGUUAAUGGAGAGUGGAUAUGGAUCUAAAUUGAUUGUUGGAUAAUCAGGACAUUACAGUCA